UGUACAGAUGUUCUGUGCUGCAUAAUCUUCCUACUGUUCAUUCUUGGCUACAUUCUUGUAGGACUUGUGGCCUGGGUACAUGGCGACCCCAGGAGAGUGGCCUAUCCUACAGACAGCCAUGGCCACUUUUGUGGCCAGAAGGGCACCCCCAAUGAGAACAAGACCAUUUUGUUUUACUUUAACCUGCUGAGCUGUACCAGCCCCUCUGUGUUGAUAAACUUACAAUGUCCUACCACACAGAUCUGUGUCUCCAAGUGCCCAGAAAAAUUUUUAACCUAUUUGGAAAUGCAACUUUUAUACCGAGACAACAAAACCUACUGGGAAUACUACAGUCAGUUCUGCAAGCCCAAUGCUAAGCCUGCGAAGUCUCUUGCACAACUCUUACUGGACGAUGAUUGUCCAACAGCUAUUUUUCCAAGCAAAUCUUUUCUCCAGAGAUGUCUCCCUGACUUCUCUACUAGAAAUGGCUCUUUAACAGUAGGAAGGAAGAAGCUGUUUGCAGAUGGAAAUGGAAAGACAAGAAAUGUUAUAGAACUCAGGGAGGCUUCAAAUGUUAUCAAUAAAAUCCUUGAUGCAAGGACAAUUGGAAUGAAAGUGUUUGAAGACUAUGCAACAACUUGGUAUUGGAUUCUCAUUGGCCUGAGCAUUGCCAUGUUCCUUAGUUGGACAGUUUUGAUACUCCUGAGGUUCAUAGCUGGAUGCCUUUUCUGGAUCUUCGUGUUUGGUGUGAUUGGAAUUACAGGAUAUGGAAUAUGGCACUGUUACCAGGAAUAUACAAAUCUUCAGGAACACCCAAAUUCUACAUUAACUAUAUAUGACGUUGGGAUUCAGAUUAAUUUAAGCAUGUACUUUCGACUGAAACAAACAUGGUUUGCACUUAUGAUAAUACUCUCCAUCAUUGAAGUGAUUGUCAUCCUCUUGCUGAUCUUCCUCAGGAAACGAAUCCAACUUGCCAUUAUCCUGUUGAAGGAAGGAAGCAAAGCCAUUGGAUAUAUCCCCAGUACAUUAGUUUAUCCAGUUUUAACUUUCAUUUUGCUUUCAAUCUGCAUCGCCUACUGGGCUGUGACAGCAGUUUUCUUGGCUACAUCAGGGGUACCUGUAUACAAAGUCACAGCCCCAGAGGGGCAUUGUGUACAUGAAAAUGAAACCUGUAUCCCAGAGAUUUUUAAUACAACUGAAAUUGUGAAAGCUUGCCCUGGGGCUCAGUGUAACUUUGCUUUCUAUGGUGGAAAGAGCUUGUACCAUGAAUACAUCACUACCUUCCACAUAUACAAUCUGUUCGUAUUUCUCUGGCUUGUAAACUUUGUCAUUGCAUUGGGUCAGUGCGCCCUUGCUGGUGCCUUUGCUGCUUAUUACUGGGCUGCAAAAAAACCUGAUGACAUCCCACCAUAUCCACUUUUUACUGCAUUUGGACGAGCCGUACGAUAUCACACAGGAUCCCUAGCAUUUGGCUCUUUACUUCUUGCAUUAGUUCACAUAUUUAAAAUGUUCCUGGAAUACUUGGACAACCGUCUUAAAAAUGCCCAGAACAACUUUUCUAAAUUCCUACGCUGUUGCAUGAUAUGCUGUUUCUGGUGUUUGGAUAAAAUGCUAAAAUUUUUAAACAGAAAUGCCUAUAUUAUGAUUGCAAUAUAUGGCAAAAACUUCUGCAGGUCAGCAAGAGAUGCUUUCAAUCUGCUUAUGAGAAAUGUUUUAAAUGUUGCAGUUACGGAUGAAGUUGUGCACUUUGUAUUAUUGCUGGGGAAACUUCUAGUUGCUGGGAGUAUAGGUGUUCUGGCUUUCUUACUCUUCACACAAAGAAUGCCAAUGAUUUCAGAAGGACCGACCUCUUUAAAUUACUACUGGGUACCUUUGCUGACUGUCACUUUUGGAGCUUACUUAAUUGCACACGGGUUCUUCAGUGUCUAUGCAAUGUGUGUUGAAACAAUUUUCAUCUGCUUCUGUGAAGAUCUGGAAAGAAAUGAUGGAUCUACAGAAAAACCCUACUUCAUAACCCCUAACCUUCACGGAAUUCUGAUCAAGAAGCAACUAGUUCCCCCGAAGCAUAAAGAGUAGAAAAGCUCCAAACAGUGUCACUCACUUUUAAGUUUUGUAAAUUAGGUCAAUUGUACUUUGAAAGUGUUGCUUUUGAGUAAUGUAAAAUGUCUGUGCUUGUUUCUAAAAAGCCAGCACCUGGUACCAUCUGAGGUGUCAGCAUUUGAUAACAGUAGCCUCUGUGAAGUGGGAUACUUUAUAGACUGUGGUCCCACCCCAAGAGCAAAGUGUUGAUGUCAAACAUUUUGAAAAUCUAUAGCUUGAAGUGUUUUAAUAACUUUUAUAAGUAAGCGUGCUGUUUCCAUUGCAGCACUUUGACAGCCUUUCUUUUUAUAUGUGUAUGUUUGUAAAGGAUAUUCAGGCAAUUUUUGAAAGCACUAUAAAUGUGUAAUCAAUUAGCCAUAAAAAUAUUGUUUAUAGUUAACCAGCAUAUGGUACUCAAUUUGUAAAUAUGGUGCUAUGGCUAUAUUUAUACUGUUUGAGCUGGUGGACAACUCUCUAAACUGUGAUUAAACUUGUAUUAAUGGUUCCCUAGAAAGUAUAUUUCAGUAAGUGGGUCAAGUCCGUAACAAACAUGUAGUUGUUAAUGUUACACAGGUUCUACAGAGAGCAUUAUUGUGUAAAAAUUACCGUGGAAACUUCAUAGCCCAUUUUGUUUUAGUGAAACUAUAUUUAUAUUGAAGUCGAAUCUGAGUUCUGGAAUGUCAUUUCCAAUAUUAUGAACCUCUGGCCACCAUGAAAAUAUUCCGAACAAAACUGAAAUUGCCACAUGACUCAUGCCUUUUGUCUCUAAACCAAAUUUCCUAUUUCUACCAUAUCAGUAUGGAUUUGUUUUAGAGGAGUGAUUAUACUUUUUCAUGGGCAUACCUGUAUUUCUCGAUUAAUGAAAUUGUGUGGCUUUGUUCUACAAAAGGUUUAAUUUUAACUUGAUUUUCAGUGAGGAAAGAGAAAAGAUAAGCAAGACACUUCAGAUUUUACCCUAAGGAAAUACAUUUUUGGCCCUCCAUUAGGUACCUCAUCUGGUACCUUUACAAAGGGCAUUAGGAAAUCUCUCCCUCCAGGGCUUAGGAAGAAGAUUAUUGCCACACUUGCCUCUGCUGGCCAGAGGUUUCUGGCAGCCAUGCCUAAGUCUUGCAUGACAGAGCAAAGCAUGAAUCAGACACUCAGAUACCUUGCUAUGUGCGCAAAUGCAUAUGGUAUGGCUAACAGUGUAAAAAUGCAUCCCAAAAGGAUCAUAGAACCAAUUUGUGUCCUUUUGGCUUUUACACUAAACUUGCAUAUAAGGAUUGUUUAUAAAUUGAUGGAAAGGGACAUGUUGAUGUAACAUGUUGGUCAGAAUAUAAUCCACACAUCUAAGAGUUGAGUCAGAAAUGUAUUAUUGUCUCACAAAUUAAUGUAAAUACUAAUUCAUUUAAUUAUCCUUAAGUGUAGGAACCUAGGUUUAGACUGAUUCUCUGGCAGGUUAAGCAAGAAGCCAGUGAAUGGGGAGGAUUUUCAAAAUAUUGGUCCUAAUAAUGACCACCGACUUAUUUUUGGCUUACUUUCUUGAGAUUAUUGUAGUCAAAAGUGUCACAUAAAAAAAAAAAGUGCCACGUGGUUUCUCAUCUUGGCAAAAAGUCUUCUUCAUUCUCAUUCUCCUUGAAGCAUAAUGCAGGGAAUAGUGAUCACUUAACAUUUUGGAUUUUUAUUAUUAUUAUGACUUUAUUAUUCAACAAUACAGGGGUCACAACAAAGAUCUAAUAGAACAGUGACUUCUACCUGAGAACUUGUUAUAAAUACAGAUGCCUGUGCCCCAUCCAAAAGAUUCUGAUAUAUUAUGUUUGGAUGUGGUCCACCGUGUGAAUUAUUUAAAGUUCUCUAGUUGAUUCUGACACACAUAAAAUUUGGAAAAUCAGUUGAAUAAAAUAUAAAUCAACGCAUGACAAACCAGUUGCCUAUAUAAUUAUAUUAUGGGCUUAUUUCCAGUCAGAAAAACAGUCUGCAUUUACUACUUCUUUGUGUAAUUGAAAUACAUGAAAUAAAAAUGUGCAUUGUUUUUGAGAAGAAAUUUAGAAGCCAUUUACUUAGAAAGCAAACUAAUAACUGUGAAAAAAGCAAAGCAAUAUUACUCAAAACUUGCAGCUAGGGGAUUUGAAAUAUACUAAAAUUUUACAAAUCAUAUUUUUUAAGUCUGUACUAUCUAGAUUGUUUAUAACAAAAGCGAUUUUGACCAUAUGGUAAUUUAGAAAGUAAACUGGGAAAAAGAUCAAAUUUCUUCAAUUACACAGCUGAGAGACAUGCAAUGUUGGCAGAAUCUGACCUGGUACACAGAAUGAGAUAAUAUCCUCCUGACAUAAUAACAAGGGCUGAUUGUUUUCUCAUACCUAUGUUUACAAUAAUGUUGGUGCCAAACUACACUGUUUAAAAAAUAAUGGUAUUUUGAACUGCUGUAAAGCAAGUAUGCAGCAGAUGGCGAUGUUACUUCUCUUACAGUUUUGCUUUGAUAUUUACUCUGUGCCAUUCUUCCUCCUAGUGGAAGAUUUAGAAAGAAAUGAUGGUACUACUGCAAGACCCUAUUUCACGAGUCAAUCUCUGAUGAAGAUUUUGAAGGAGAAAAAUAGACAUA